AUGCGCAUCCUCAAGAUUUUUUCCCUUCCUCAAGGCCCAAACAUUGCUAGCCUCCCUGAUGUAAUAUUUAAGAAAAAGGAUUGAAUCGCCACGCUAUAUAUUAUGAUGAAAAGAUGCCACCUAUUAGAAGCAUAUAGGGUUUUACCUUGUGUAGCCCUAUAAAGGUAAUGAUUCCACCGGGAAUCUGCUCUCUUAUAGGGCUCCUCAAGGUAAAGCCCUAUACUACGUGAGGGUAAGCCAAUUUCUGAGGCUAGCUAUCUUGCAGCUGAGUUGGCUCUUGGAAAAAAUAGCCCGGCUUCUCUAA